UGGACGUAUUCGCUAUUAUAAAAUCAAAAGGACUGGAAUGUGAAUGAAAAUAUAUAUAAAUUCUCACCUUUUAAAAUGUUACGAUACAGACACGUUGUGCGCAUUCUGACACACCGGUCCUACUCGUCUGGGGCCUCUGGCAAUGACGGAAAUCCCGGUGGCAGCGACAGUCCCGACGAAGACAAGCAUCCAAUUAGGCGGACGUUUCGGAUACUUGGCAAUGAUAUGCGCAAAGUCAAGGAAUUCUUUGUGCCCAAGGAUCCCAUUGCAGAAGACACCACACAAAGAAUUCUGACACAAAGUAAAUUCAACUUUGAGGGCGACAAAGGACCGGAUCCCAGCCAGCUGGAUGAAUUCCAGACGCACUGCGAUGUGCUGAUCAUCGGCGGUGGCGGUGUUGGCAGUUCCAUUGCUUACUGGUUAAAGGAGAAGGCGCGCGAUGGCCUUAACGUUGUGGUUGUCGAGAAGGAUGAAACGUACGCCCAGUCUGCCACACGCGUCUCUGUUGGCGGCCUGUGUCAGCAGUUCUCUCUGCCCGAGAACAUACAAAUGUCACUCUUUGCUGCCGACUUUUUGCGCAACGCCAAGGAGCAGUUUGGCUCGGCCGUUCCACUCAACUUUACGCCGCAGGGCCAUCUGCUGCUCGCUGGGGAGGAGGGCGCCGAGAGCCUAAAGAAUGCCUCGCAGCUGCAAAACGAGCUGGGUGCGCGAAACGAGCUUCUCACACCUGAUCGCCUGGCGGCACGAUUCCCCUGGCUGAACACCAAGGGCGUUGCCCUGGGCUGCCAUGGCAUCGAGAAGGAGGGCUGGUUCAAUUCGUGGGCGCUACUCACAAACUUUCGUCGCUCUGCUGGCGGACAUGGCGCGCAUUUCGUUAAUGGAGAAGUGGUGGACUUUGAUUUCCAAGAACAGCCGGAUAUAACCGUCUCGGGUGACAACAGCGCCAACGAGGGCUGCUUUGAUAGUCUAGACAAGGCUGUCAUUCAACUGCCGGAUGGCACGCGACGCACGUGCAAGUUUGCUCUCUGCGUGAUUGCAGCCGGAGCUAAUUCGGGGAAUGUAGGACGACUGGCGCGCAUUGGCACCGGGGCGGGAAUGCUGCGGGUUCCCUUGCCCAUAGAUGCGCGAAAGCGGUACAUGUAUGCCAUCACCACGCAGGCACAGAAUGCACCCGGCAUGGCCAUGCCCAUAAUUAUCGAUUCCAAUGGGACGUUCAUACGGAGAGACGGCUUGGGCGGCAACUACAUCUGCGGGCACAACUCCGACUCGCAAGUCGAUCCAAACAGCAAUAAUUGCCUGGUUGAUCCGCAGUACUUUGAGCAGCACAUUAGGCCCGCACUCGUGGAGCGAGUGCCCGCCUUCGAGGCAGUCACAGUUGUAGACAGCUGGGCGGGUCUGUACGAGCACAAUGUCUACGAUGAGAACGGAAUCGUGGGACCACAUCCGUACUACCACAACUUGUACAUUGCCACAGGGUUUAGUGGGCACGGCAUACAGCAGUCGGUGGCUGUGGGUAGAGCCAUAUGCGAGCUGAUUAUGGAUGGGCAGUUCCGCACCAUCGACCUGUCGCGACUCAGCUUCGACAGGUUAAUUGUCGACAGGCCCAUGUACGAGUUGAAUAAUGUUCUAAGCUAGUGUCUGUUGAUAGUACAAUGUAUUGUACAUGAUUAAAGUUUCAAUUUACUAUUUGAA